GCUCCAGCAGAUACAAUAAUUGCUCUUAACACUGUAGAUUAUUGUGUAUUUAUUUUUAACGUGCGUCACAAAAACAAACAUGAACAAAUGACGUCCGUUUAGCUCCUUUUCACAGCCACUAACACGCGGGGACUCUUUACGUCAGCACGCUACGCGCCAAAUUUGUACAGCGCAGAAAAACAAAAACAGCCGCGGCGCCUGCGCUUUCUAAAGGAAACAGCGCUAAAAGCGGAUUGUUUGGGGCAAACUGCGUCUCCACAGGAUGUCGGAACACUUUGGAUACUCACCCAGCUUCAAGCGACCAGCGGAAAUUUUGCGAAUGAGGUGCAAAAGAGCCCGAAGCGACGCCGGUGCCGGGUCCACAGACAGCCCCGAACAAAGCGGCUCAUCUCCGACGUGCGUGCGGGCUUUCUCCCCCGAACCGCUCUCCGGCGCCCAGAACCAUUCCGGGGUUGGAAUAAAACGCAGGAACCCGUUCGCAAAAAUAGAAAACACUUACAGUUCUAAGAAGAAACGCCUAACUUUCAACGACGCCACCUCUAACCCUGAAGACUCUGAUAGCUCCGGGAUCACAGACAGUGAGAGAGAUGAAGAAUCAUCGAGCAGAGAAGGCACGCUAGAUCUGGCUCUCAGCUCCAGGCUCGAUGAGGCACAAAAACAGGAAUACCGACAAGCUUCCAGCCAGAAAUCUGGAUCUCUGUCUGAGAGUGAUGUGUUGUUGGAAGAAGAACCGGAGGAUAUUAAAAGCUCACUGCUAAAGAGCCCCCAAGCCACUGCUCCCACUGCAGCUCCUGUGUGCACCCAGUAUCCAGCAGACUGGAGCCUGAAGACUCGUCUUCUCCUGACCUCUCCGGUCUCCCUUUCAUGGGCAGAGCAGCUCAAGGCUCAGGAGGAAGCUCAGGGGCUCAGCCAGCACUGCAGGGCACAGUUCAGUCCCCUGCCACACAGUCCACAGGAUCCCAGGUCCUGCUCAGAUCUACGCUGCGCCUUCCAGCAAAGCCUGGUCUACUGGCAGCACCCCUCCAUGCCCUGGCUGUCUCUGUUCCCUAGGAUCAACGCUGAAAGGAGCUUCUUUGGCAAGAGCGCCCCCUGGGCUCAUGAUGCAACGAUACAGCAGAGUCUCAUGACAGAAUGGUCCGUCAGUCUGUCGUCUCUCUACAGUCUAUUAAAGGCCAGACUGUGUCCAUACUUCUACCUCUGUUCCUAUCAGUUCACAGUGUUGUUCCGGGCAGCAGGUCUUGGAGGAUCCAGCAGCAUCACUGCUUUCAUUUCCCCCACAACCAGGGGCCUCAGAGAGGCAAUGAAGGCUGAAGGUAUAGAGUUCAGCCUCCCUCUGCUGGAGGAAGAGAGGAGGCGCAGGGAGGCACAGAAGCAGACCAUUCACCAAGAGGAGGAGCAGAAGGAACAAGAGGUCACGUGCUCCAAGCUGAGAGAUACAGGUGAUGGAGAAGACCAUGAUGAAGACGACAGCGAUGAAGACAGCACUUUGUCUUGGCUGAAGGAGAUGGGAGUCCAGGACAAAAUCAAGAAGCCAGACCUCCACACCCUACAGCUUCAUAAGGAGGGCCACAUCAUGUCUCUGGACCAUAAGCCUGAGUCUGUGAUAUGUGUGCAAGGACUUCACACUUUCACUCUCAUCAACUUCUUCAUCAAUUGGAAGGGUGUGGUUGCUUCAUCUGGCUCCCAGGCAGGGUUACCGCCCACACUGUUGGCUCCCUGUGCUUUUAGAGGAGCUACAAUGCACACUCUGAAGAGCCGUUGUGUGAACGUGAGAAGUCAAGUUGGUUCUUCCUACCAGAACAUCAGCAGUCUGGAGAUCACAGGACCUGUCCUCCCCUCGUCUGUCCAUGCUAUCCUAACUUUACUUCGGGCUGCACAGAAAGGAAACUUCUCAGCUGCGCUUUACACACAUACUCCUACCGCGGUUAUGAACAUACACAGCACCAAGCAACAGGUUGGUGAGGCCUCGGUAGAACUGUCCUCUUGUGGUCUCCAUCCUGCUUCCAUCCAGCAGCUGCAGCAGCCUUCCACCCUGGGAAAGACAGCCCUGACACACAUCACCAUGAACAACUGCAGCUACACAUGGAAGAACUAAGAGAGUGCUGAGAGUUUACACAACACAAAGAAGUUUGUAUUCAUUUGAGUUAACAGCUGCAAUCCUGAAACUCAGAUCAGAUUCCACUGUGACGCUGUGUGCAUACUGGAAGAGAUUCACAGCUACACGCUGACCAGAAAGUGAAAGGUUUUCCACGACUACAGCGGGCAAAAUAACCACUGGUGAUGUGAAGUAGACGGGAUUCAGAAUAAAAGUUUAUUAAUUUACAGGCGUCAGGUGAAAGCCUGAAGUGCUACCUGUGGGAAUGAAGAAUAUUGUUGAUUUACAGGGUAGUGUUAAAUACAUUACAGGGUCAUCUGGGCAACUGGGGCCUGGAAUGAUAGCAAGCGACCAACCAGCAGCUUCAAAGCAACGUGUGAUGAGCGAAUCACUUCCGGCAUGUACACAGCUUAAGUGUCUGUUUAUGUUGAGGUUUCUUUCAAGCAAAUUUUAUUGCACUGCACCGGAUGUGAUUAUUUAUUAAACUCUAGAUUGCUUAAUUACUUUUAAUCUUUCUUCUCAUGUGAGAUUUAUCAACGACAAAUGCUGGAAUGUUUUCAGGUACUGGAAUGCUGAUGA